GUAAGCUGUUCGUAUCUGCUCUUUUGUGAAGCGCCAGCGGCUCCUCUGCCACCGUUUCAGCAAAGGCUCAUCACAAGCUUCCCGCUUCAUCCCCAUCAACUCCUUUCUCUUUCACCGCUCUUUCAAUUCAGUACGCAAAACCGCCUCCUCGGAUUGAUUAAACCAUCCAAUUUCAUCGUCGUGCCCUUACCAAGAUACGAUGACCACUAGAUUGAACGAAGUUGUUUUAGCUUAUAGCGGUGGGUUGGACACGUCUGUUAUCGUGCCGUGGCUGAGAGAGAGAUACGGGUGUGAGGUUGUUUGCUUCACUGCUGAUGUUGGGCAAGGAGUGAUGGAAUUGGAUGGUUUGGAAGCGAAGGCCAAAGCAAGCGGAGCCUCUCAACUUGUUGUGAAAGACCUGAGGGAUGAAUUUGUCGAAGACUACGUGUUCCCAUGCUUGCGAGCUGGUGCCAUUUAUGAGAGAAAAUACUUGCUUGGCACUUCCAUGGCUCGCCCUGUCAUCGCCAAGGCCAUGGUGGAUGUUGCCAAAGAAGUUGGAGCUGAUGCUGUUGCUCAUGGUUGCACAGGGAAAGGGAAUGAUCAGGUACGGUUUGAACUCACAUUCUUUGCUCUGAACCCCAAGCUACGUGUUAUAGCUCCCUGGAGAGAAUGGGACAUUACUGGAAGAGAAGAUGCCAUUGAAUAUGCCAAGAGGCAUAGCGUGCCCGUCCCCGUCACAAAGAAAUCGAUAUACAGUCGAGACCGGAAUAUUUGGCACCUUAGUCACGAGGGUGACGUUUUGGAAGAUCCUACUAAUGAGCCAAAGAAGGACAUGUUCAUGAUGUCUGUUGAUCCCGAGGAUGCUCCGAACCAACCCGAAUAUGUUGAGAUUGAUUUUGUCUCAGGACUUCCUGUUGCUGUCAAUGGAAAAAGGCUGUCACCAGCUUCCCUUCUUGACCACCUCAACGAGAUUGGCGGGAAACACGGCAUCGGCCGAGUCGACAUGGUCGAAAACCGCCUCGUCGGCAUGAAGAGCCGAGGUGUGUACGAAACACCAGGAGGAACCAUCCUAUUCACAGCUGUGCGUGAGCUUGAGUCCUUAACACUCGACCGCGAGACCAUACAAGUCAAGGACUCCCUUGCCCUCCAGUAUGCGGAGCUGGUGUACGCAGGCCGAUGGUUCGACCCACUACGAGUGGCCAUGGAUGGAUUCAUGGAGAAAAUAACCGCAACAAUAAGUGGAAGGGUCAGGCUCAAGCUGUACAAAGGUUCGGUGACCGUGGCUGGGCUCAAAAGCCCGAACAGCCUGUACAGGCAAGACAUAUCCUCAUUUGAGAACGGGGAUGUCUACAACCAGGCUGAUGCUGCUGGGUUCAUUCAUCUCUACGGCCUCCCAACCAGGGUCCGAGCAAUGCUUGAACAUGGAAUCUAAAAAAAGCAAAUGAUUUGGUGCAAGUCUGAAUAAAAAGGAAGAGGGACGUGGGCAAAUAUGCAUGCCUAGUUAGAUUUGUGUUAUUUCCUAAAAUCAAAGGCUA